ACUCUUCUUGAACAGCUGAUUCUAUCGACGACGUAGGGGAGUCGAGUCGAUACCACAGAAAUUUUCACGUUAUUUUAGUUUCGUUAGCAAUCAUUCGUUUGUUUGUCGUAGUCGUGUGUGGAUGUUAUGUGUGUAAUAGAAUAAUUUUUUUGAACUGAAUUAAAAGUUGGUGAGCUAGUAGGUUCUCCUCCUCAGCACCACUUAACUGUUAAACAAAUUGAAUCCACGCCAGUAUGGAUCCUAUUAGUGCCAGUUGCUUCAGUUUAAAUAUUCAAGAAAAUCGAAAAGCGAUUAAAGAAGAGGAACAACAGUAUGCAAAGUUUCAAGAAAUUAUUGUUAGUUGCAAAUCGCUUAGCAAAUAUGAAGGAAAGACGUUCAAAACAUUGCUACCACAGGUUAUGGCAGCAAUAAUGGCUGGUUCAUUACACAUUGCUGUGGGACUCUCGUUAUCUUUUUCUGGAAUAUUAGUGCCAGCGUUAGACAAGGAUCUACAAAAUGGUACAGAUAGUGAUGGUCAACUUUACGCAACUAAAGAUGAAUCUGCUUGGAUCGCUAGUGUCGUUGUAAUAAUUGUACCAGUGGGAUCUAUCACAGCUGGUUUCGCUAUGGAUGCAUGGGGACGAUUAUGGGCUGUAAGGCUUGCUAUUAUACCAACGGUUUUGGGAUGGUGUCUGAUUGCUAGUGCAAAUUCAGUUGGUAUGAUCAUCGCAGGAAGACUUUUAACUGGAUUUGCUACAGCUUGGGGUAGUAUACCUGCAACCGUUUACAUAACAGAAAUUGCUAGAGCCGAUAUGAGAGGAUCACUGGUUGUAACAGCUCCAACUUUUGCUUCAUUAGGUAUGUUAAUAUGUUUUCUGAAAGGAUGGUUUUUGAAUUGGAGAACUGUGGCUUGGCUUUGCAACAUAUAUGCACUAAUGCCUAUUUUAUUUCUUUUUCUUAUUCCUGAAAGUCCCCCAUGGUUAGUUUCAAAAGGAAAAAUAGAACAAGCUGCAAAGAGUUUACAAUGGCUCAACAAAUAUCAACCUCAACCAGAAAACAGACACGAAUCCCUUGCAGAACUACAAUUACACGCUCUUCAAAAAGAACAUCAAGCCAAGCUUGAAGAACAGGCUAAAAGAGGAGAUUCUGGAGGAAUGGCAAAACUCAAAGAAUUUUUCAAACCUACUGGUUACAAGCCUCUUCUUAUUCUUACUGGUCUCUUCUUUUUCCAACAAUUUGCCGGAAUUUACAUCACUUUAUUCUACUCUGUAACAUUCUUCCAUGAAGUUGGUAGCACUCUUAACCCAUACCUAGCAUCAACGUUUUUAUGUCUAAUUAGAAUGUUAAUGGCUUGCUUCAAUUCAUAUUUGUUGAAAACUUUCAACAGACGAUCCUUGUUAAUAACCAGUGGAUUUGGUAUGGCACUUUGCACUGGAUUGUCAGGAUUAUUUACUUAUUUAAUAAAACAAGGUUCCUUAACCAUGACUUGGUUACCUUUAGCAGCUCUUCUUCUGUUUGUUGUGGCAUCUAUGAUUGGUUUUCUACCAAUACCUUGGACAAUGAUGGCGGAACUUUUUCCUCUAGAAAUAAGAGGAGUUGCCAAUAGCAUUGCUUACAGCAUUGGUAACUUACUGAUGUUUGCUUCAAUACAAAGUUUCUGGGGAUUGGUAUCUGUUUUCCAAGGUUUUGCAGGAGUGCAAUGGUUCUUUGCGGUUAUUUCGAUAUUAGCGUCAUUGUACACUUACAUAUUUGUACCAGAAACUCACAGAAAAAAAUUGAAUGAUAUUACAGAUUACUUCGUUCACAACAGUAUUUAUUUGUUGGCGAAAAAAGAACCAAAAAAUUCAAAUAAAAUAGUGAAUGGUACCAGAGUUGGCAAAAAGGAUAUUAUUAAAGCCAACGUCGGACAAAACGACAAACUAAUGGAAAAUGUUUAGUUUCCUUAAAUUUCAUUUUGUAAUCGUACGUUGUUACGGGUAAGAUUCAGUUAUUCCACAUAAUUUUUACUCUAUGUGAUUUGUCAAAUUAUAGAUUUCGAAAGAUUCUGAUACUUAAAAUUGAAAUUCUAUUUGGAACUGACAUUAUCUUCAAGUAAAAUUUGAGUUUUUAUCAUUUAUGUUUUGUCUUAGAAUUCUAUAUAUUUGGUCACUUAUACUUACUUUAUUUAUCCUUAAUAUAAAAGCUGAUUACAUAUAGGGUGUCUCAAAAUUAGACUGCCAUUGCGUUAGAAGGAAUUCCUUUAAUGAAAUAAAAAUAAGUUGAUUUAUUGAUAUAGUAUUCCGCUGUUUCCAGAUGAAUAAAGUAUUUCUUCCACAAAUGAAUGAAAUUUUAUAAUUUUUUAAAGUUAAUAUAUUUAAUCUUAACUAUAAUAACAAUUUAUGGAAGAAUAACAAAAGGAAUAACAUUUAAGAACACAAUUUAGUUAGACUGAAUUUUUGCUAUAAAACAUAUUGAAAGAGCAUUAUUUUCUCGUGUACAUAAAGGGAUUCCUGUGACUUCUAGUAGUACACAGUAACUUUACAUAUAGCCUCAGUUUGUAAUGAAUUAUUUAUUGAAAAAUAUUAUAUUUAUAAAUAUUUGAUUUUAUGUAAUAUGCAAAACAAUUAUUCUAAUUUUUUUGUCCAGAAUCAAUAUAUUCAGAGUGAGGGCGAGCACAGUUCACAUGAACCGAGGGAAAGAAAACAGUUCCAUCUUCACUUUAUUAUAACCACUUACAAAUGUUUGAAAUUUCAUUACGACUGUGUAACUCUGUCACUUAUUAUUAAUUAUUAAGUAUUUAUAUCAGUUUAUGCUAAUAUUUCAACAUACUUAAUUGGUUUCUCAAAAUUUAAAUUCAUGCGUUGUAACAUUCAACACUGUUAUAUUUCAACAUACAUGGCAUUUUUUUAUUAAUUCAUAUUAUAAUUUUAUUUUAGUUAACAUAAUUAAUUGUAAACAGGGUUUGAAAAAGUGGCUUUGACCCUUUUUUGAUAAAACAGUAGUUAUCCAUAACUUCACAAUUAAUUUAUUACUUUAUUACCAACAAAAUAAUUUAGACAUGUAUAUAAAAUACAUUUUGUGCAAGAAAUUCACGGUGGUAGUUGAAUUUCGCGAUACCCUUAUAAAAUGAAACAAUGCAUUGUCGAUAAUACAUAAUUAGUUAAAUCAGAUAUGUGACUGUUGAAUUGUAUUAAAUAAAGAUCUAUUUAAAAAACUGCUCACUGCAAACAAGUCUACAAAUUUAUUUUUUAAUUUUUAAACUGCCUUGUUCUUAUCUAAUUGUUUUUUGUCAUUAUGAUCACAAAAGUUGUUUCAAACUCUAAAUAUUUUGAUUAUGAAACGGCGAUGAUCUUGAUUUAACAAAAUUUGUACUAAAAUUUUGUAUUUGUCAAAAACAACCGAAUUAUUCGCCUUCAUAAUUAAUUUAUUCUAAUAUAGAAAAAAUUCAAAAUACUCUGAUAUAUCUAAGGGGCCAUGGUAUAACUACUUAUAUUCACAAGACAAUUUGUAUCCAAGGAUGGGAUAGCCGAGUAGAAUCAUAUCGUUUUCUACUCAGAUUAGAUACUUUGAACUAUAAAGCUCCAACGCUGACAAAAUCUGAAAAUUAAACCUUCGGACCACCAGAUAUUUAUCAAUCAGCAACCAUAAAUGGUAUGUACGUCUCGAGUGAAUUUUAAAUCUUGUAAUCAUCGCGGCACAUAACCAAAAUAGAAAUUAUUUUCCUUUGAAAACAGAUUACAGUUUCAUUAAUAAUACAUACUUAAUUGCCAUUGUAGGAACAGGUCUUUAAAUAAUCUAUUUGUAAAUAAUAUAAAAAGCUUUUGUUUCAAAUCAUCUGUCUUAUAUAUUUUCUAUCCUCAAAAUGACUAGAAACAUGUAUAAAGAAUUUCAAUUUUUUGUGUAUUUUUGGUCAGGUCAUGAAUGAAAAUAGCAGGUCUUGUAUACAAUAAUUUUUAAUACGAAUCACAUAUUAAUAAUGGUUAUUAUUAUAAUCGAGAAAACGCACGAUUUUCACUAUCCUAUAGGUACAUUGCCAAUUAGUCGUUCUACCCCCCUUUAGAGAUCCAGAAUUGAGCUGUUGUAUGGUUAAAAAAUCCCAUACAUAGUGUUUUAUGAAUUUUAUGUACAUAUUAGUACAAUUUCAUGUUGACGACCGACGCUGGCUUAGAGCCUCAAAUGAGGUCUGGAGCUUCCAUUAAUGCAGCAUCAAAUAUAAGAGCAUCAAGUUUCAAAACACUAUAAUAUACCACUUCUGUCCUCUAUUCAAUAAUUGCUUCAUUGAAUUCUUAGCUUGAAUGGGUGAUUUAUUCUGAUUCAUGAAUAUAUAUAUUAUAUUAUUAAAGUUAUUGAUAAAAUAUAAUAUAUAUAAAAUAUCUACCUCGUAGAUAUCAUUGUACUAUUUAUUUUAUUUUUAUAAUAAUACCCGAUUUAAAAAGCUAAAUAGUGUUUAGUUUUGACGUUGCAUUAAUAUAAUAUGUGACGCUCUAAACUAACGUUGAGCGUCAAGAUGAAAUUGCACUUAAGUUUCUCACAUCGUUAAUAAUAGUUAAAUAUUAAGUAUGAAUUGUUCUCUUGUGAUAACUUGUAUAAAAAAAUUACAAUUUGAACUCUGAAUGAAAAAAUUGGACACAAUUGAAGAUAAACACGGAAUACAAAGUACUUAUAGACAUGUGUUCCUCAUAAUCAUAUAAAGGAUGUAAGAAUUAUAGACAAACCUAGGUUUAACUGGUUUAAUUGGCUAACUGUGGGCCCAAUUAAUCGUAGUCGGUUAAAUCCUGGAAUUAAGUUACUAAUCUUAGUGAAAUUCAGAUAGAAUUUUGUUUGUUGAAUUCAGUUUAAUUUUUUUCUUUUGUACUUAAUAUGUGAUUAUUUCGAAAUACAUCGUUUCAUAUCUUCAUACCUAAUGCUCAAUUAUUUCUAAUCAAAUCUUAUGAAACCUUAUUCAUUGAGAAAGAAAUUUUCAGUGGGUUUUAUCUAACAGCUCCAUAAAUAUGUUUAUGUCCUUAGAAAAGAACUUAUAGUGUAUGUCGAAAGACACACAGAUAAAUAACUAGACUGUGCAGAAGUUACAACAUAUGAAAAUUACACAAUAAUAAAACUAAUAAAAUGUGGCAACAUUA